AUGCUACUCCUUAGGAAGAAACACAAACCUUCUUGCAAGUGUUCUUCCUCUUUUCUCUAUACUACAAUAUUACUCUAAUUUGCUCAACUCUCCUAUCUAGUUUCUUCACAAAUAAAUAAAGAAAAAUGGCUAUGGAAAAAUCAAAUUCCUUUGAGAACAUGAAACAUUACACUGCUAUGAUAUGUUUACAAUUUGGCUAUGCUGGUAUGAACAUUAUCACUAAGGUUUCCCUCAACCAAGGAAUGAGCCACUAUGUCCUCGUCGUUUAUCGCCACGCUUUUGCUACUGCUUCUAUAGCUCCAUUUGCAUUCAUGUUUGAGAGGAAAGGUCAACCUAAGAUAACAUUCCGAAUUUUCUUGCAAAUUUUCGUCCUAGCUCUUCUUGGGCCAGUGAUUGAUCAAAAUUUCUAUUAUGCUGGGUUGAAGCUCACAUCCCCAACCUUCUCUUGUGCAAUGAGCAACGUGCUUCCAGCCAUGACUUUUGUGAUGGCAGUUUUAUGCAGGAUGGAGAAGAUAAACAUAAAGCAAGUGAGAUGCCAAGCAAAGAUAUUGGGAACAAUUUUGACAGUGGCUGGUGCAAUGCUAAUGACAUUAUAUAAAGGUCCUAUUGUGGAAAUGGUAUGGGCCAAAAAUAGACAUCCUCAAAAUGAAACACAUGAAACAUCAACCACAGGAUCUUCUGAAAGAGAUUGGAUUUUAGGGUGCACUUUUCUUAUCAUUGCCACCUUUGCUUGGGCUUCACUCUUUGUCUUGCAAGCAAAAGUUAUAGAGACGUACAAGCAUCAUCAACUAAGUCUUACUUCACUUGUGGUAUUCAUUGGUACUCUUCAAGCUAUUGCUGUUACUUUUGUGGCUGAGCAUGAUCCUUCUGUAUGGAGGAUUGGUUGGGAUAUGAGUUUACUUGCUUCUGCCUAUGCUGGAAUUGUGACCUCAAGCUUGGCAUACUAUGUACAAGGGCUAGUGAUUAGGAAGAAAGGACCUGUCUUUGCAACUGCCUUUAGCCCACUUAUGAUGAUCAUUGUUGCAAUCAUGGGAUCCUUUAUCCUUGCAGAACAAAUUUACUCUGGAGGUGUGAUGGGUGCCAUCUUGAUUGUUAUAGGCUUAUAUUCUGUUCUAUGGGGAAAGCACAAGGAAGAAAUAGAGAGAAAAGUAGAUGAUAUUCCUUUGCCAAUAAAGGGUCCUCAAAUGAGUGGAAAUUCAGGUCUAGUGAUUGAUGACACAGAUCAAGUAAAACAUGGUCAAGUUGAAGAUACUAACAACAUGCUUUCUUCAGUUGCAAUAAGCAUUCCUACUAAUAAUGUUAACCAGCAAUAAAAAGUUUUAAGAGAAAUGGAAUGUGAUUAGGAAUGUAUGUCAUUUACUUCAUCUUCCAUCAUCCCCAUUUUGUCCCUUUUUAUUUUUAGCAAGUUUUCCUCACCCCAUCACCCCUUGUGUUUGAGCAAAUAUAUUAUAUAUAAUUUUGUAACAAAAUUCCAACUAAUCCAUGUAGAAAAGGGAAUCAUAAAGUUUUUCCA